AUGCCGAAGAUCAACAGACUGGAAAAUUCAGUAAAGAAGCUGUCGCAUAUAAAUUUUGGCAAGAAUUCCAAGAAAAACGAACUGGUAAAAGAAUUUAAUUCUAUCGAGCCUGCCAGAUGUUGUUCUUGGAUUUCACUAACCAAAAUUAAAAAUCGCAAAGCUAUUCAAAAAUCGUUGAACGAAUUGUCGAGAAAGCCAAGGUCAGCGAUUCCUUCAUUAUGCGAAGAACUUUUGCAACGUAUAAACAAACUGGAGAAGGAGGCAACGGACGCAACAAGAUUUCUGCCGACUUAUGAUCAGAAACAGCUAACUCUGCAAAUUAGGACUCUGAUUGAAGAACUCAACACGAAAAAAGCCGAAUUAGUCCCCAAGAGUAAAUUUUCAUUCAAAUCGCGUAAAUCAAAUAGAGCAGGGAAGGACGCGACCAAUUCCGACGGCGAGGAUAGAAGUACCACACCCACAAAAGAGAUUACGACCGCAGAAACUUUGAUUAAUGAAAAUUUCCAGGCGAUUAGUUACAUUAAUCUUCAAAAUGUUUAUAUUAAUAUUGACACUUUGGGGGAUACUAGAGACAAAGUAUUUGAUUUUCACCUAUCGAAUCUGGAUCAUUGCAUUGUGAAUCUUGUAAAUCCUGCUGUCACCAUAGGUGCGAUGCAUAUUAAGGGAUUGAGGAAUACGAUAAUAAUGUCCGGACCCGUCGGAAGUUCAAUAUUGAUAUAUGACUGUGAGAGAUGUCUAUUCUUGGUCGGAUGUCAUCAGUCCUCAAUUUUACAGACAGCAAAGUUGGAUCAAGAAAACAAUAAAUAUGAUAAAGUUGAAGAUUUUAAUUGGUUAAAACAACAAGCGUCACCAAAUUGGAAAGUUAUUCCAGAAGAAAAAUGGCGCAAGGAUUGGUCGUCACUUCAGAUUGACAAUCCAGACAGUAUUACGGGAGAAGAUAUCAAGAGCAGGUUAAAUGAGAUCCUUGGUUCACAAUAA